GCGUCAUUCAUUCCUUAAUAAGUAUAUAAUAUCACACUGUCUUUCACUACACAAUUUCCUUCUGUUUUUUCCUUUAACUGCAUCCAUACUUCGCUGCGUACAACGUCGUACGUAAAAUUUUCGAAGAUGGCUUCCCUUCCCCUCCGCAUCGCAGUCCUCGAAUGCGACACCCCUCAGCCAGGAACCCGCUCGAAAUACGGCGGAUACGGCGGCGUCUUCACCUCCUUCCUCAAAUCCGGCGCCGACGCCCUCCAUUACCCCGGCCUCACCUCUUCAUCCGGUCUCCACAUCACCUCCUACAACGUUGUAGACGACCCCUCAAACUACCCCUCCCUCGCCUCCAUCGACGCAAUCCUCAUAACAGGCUCAAGACACGACUCCUUCUCCUCCUCCCCCUGGAUCCUCAAACUACUUUCCUUUACCGAACAAGUGCUGAGGCAGAGGCGGGUAAGGGUGAUAGGCGUCUGUUUCGGACAUCAGAUCGUCGGCCGCGCGAUGGGUGCACGACUGGGGAGGAAUGCAAGGGGCUGGGAGGCGAGCGUUACGCCCAUGGAUCUGACGAAGAGAGGCCAAGAGAUUUUUGGGCAGAAUACUCUGGCAAUACAUCAGAUGCACAGAGAUAUCAUGUUUGCGUAUCCGGAAGGAGUUGAGCCCUUGGCGUAUACGGACAAGUGUGCUGUGCAAGGGAUGUACGCCCCAAAACGUCUGAUUGCCAUUCAGGGACAUCCGGAGUUCAAUGAGGAGAUUGUGAGGGAGUUGUUACUUGUUAGGCAUGCGGCGAAGGUCUUUGAUGAUGAGGUGUUUGAGGAUGCGAUGGGGAGGGUGGAUAAGUAUCAAGAUGGGGUGGUGGUUGCGAAGGCGUUCUUGAAGUUUCUUCUGGAGUGAGACAUCUGGGAAAGGUCAUGUUGGUCUAUUUGCUGCAUUUUAGAGUGGACACUUGCUUGAAAUGAUCGUCCGACGAAUAAUUCAAACGCUUUAGAGGAACUGUUUUGGACCAAUCUACUCAUUCUGAUUUCCAGUCCUGUAUCAAUACUAGCAAUAUAUCUUCUCGUCGC